AUGGCAUCCCGACCUCUGAAGAUCAAGACUGGGGUAGUUGAACGUUUGAUCAAGGAAGAAGACUCGUACAAGAAGGAGUACGAUAACCAACUGAAAAGGAUUGAGAAAGUGAAGCAAGACACGCCCGAUGACGACUGGAAUAUUCGCAAACAGAAAGAAGUCCUGGAUGAGACAGUGAAGAUGAUUCCGGAUGUCAAGCAAAGGCUGUCGAAAGCGGUUGAAGAAUUGAACGACUUGGUGAACGCACACCAGACGGAAUUGGCGGGGACAGAUGAAUUAUCGAAAGCUCAACAAGUCUUAUCACUUGCUGCCUCUCGAAAGGCCGAACCCAUUCAAGCCAUCCCUUGA